CAGCCUGAAACAAGAAACAAAUUUCUUUAGGGGUAGAAAAAAAUCAGGGAGCAUGGAGAGAGAGUCAGGGUGGGGAGACAGGAAUCAUAGCAGUGGGGAAUAUCAGGGCAAGGUAUGGGGCAGAAAUCAGAGGAAAAUGCAAAGCGCAAACGCGUUGAUUUCUUCAACUGAUACUGAUUAUAUUUCCAUUUCCCAAUAGGAAGGGUGAUGUCAGGUUACAUGGACCUACUCCAAAAUUUACCCCUGGCAUAGACUGAUGCAUAACUUACACCAGGGAUUAAUUUCUUUCAGCCUGAGGACUGAAUUCCAUUUCAGAGAUGCUUCUGGGAUCCUAAGGCUCCAAUAUGCUGGCUUAGUGCAGCAAACAACUGUCAGAGUCCAGUGCUCCAGAAACAACCAGUCCACAAAAUGCUGUUAACUCAUAGCAAGGACAGAUAAGUCACAAUCGGUGGACUGGCUGCAUGUGAUCCUCUGAAGUGAUGCUUGUGGUCCGCUGCAAGUGCCUUGGCUUCUCAAACACCCCCCUCCAUCACUCCCAUAUGCCUUGUUUCUGCUGAAGGGGAGCUGCUGAUGGGUUUGUUUGUUUGUUUGUUUAAAACAUUUCUAUGCCGCUCCCAUUGCAACAAAGCUUCGGGGCGGUUCACGGAAUAAUUAAAGCAUAUAAAUAACAAUUAAUACAAUUAGAGAUUAAAAAGCCCAGUAGCAUCUCGGCUUAAAAGUUUUAAAACCCUAUAAAUACCAUAAUAAGUUAACACUUAAAAUAAGUUUUAAAUAAAAAGGUCUUGGCCUGGCGCCAAAAAACAAAUAGCGACGGCACCAGGUGGACCUCUCUGGGGAGCGCAUUCCAUAGGUGGGGCGCCACCGCAGAGAAAGCAAAUGUCUCAACAGCAAAACAGCCUUAAUAACUGGAAUGGGUAACCAGUUGCAUAAAAUGGGCAACUUGUGAACCUGUCUCUCUCUCAGUCACUCUGUCUCUCUCUCUCUCUCAGAGACGGACAGAAAUGGUGUUCAGAUUAUCAUCAUACCACCAUGUGUCUGUCAUUCUAUCUAGAAAAGAGUCCGACGUUGUGGGAUGCUUGUCAUCUAGUCAGCCAGAGAAUUACCUCUGUCCCUGCCUUUACUGGCAUGGGCCCCAGGCAAAAUUUUCCUGUAAAGGAAAAAAGGGUUUGCCUGUUGCUGCUUUACUGCCUGUUCUGUUGCUAACAAAUGGACUGUAAGGGUAGUUCUUAGACGCAAAGUUUUCAAAAGGAUCUCUCCCCUCCUCUUGCACUAACAGACCAACUGUUUUCUCUGUAACGUGCUGUCCAAUAACCAAAUGAUUCUGGCUGAAUAUUGAUCUGUCCUUUGUCAGAAAAUGUAUCUUGAUGAUGCUGUUACUGAAAAAUUGAAGUCGUGUUUGCUGAGCAAGUAUGGUCUUCAGCCUUUGCUAGCAUUCUCAUUGCUUUGAAUGGCGGGUGCUUAGCAGAGAACAAGAACUGAGCGAGAACAUACCGAGCAACCCUGGAAACUUUAAGUACUGAGCACUGCUUAUUCUAUCAUCAUUAUUAAUCUACAGCAGUUUGCAGGUUGAAAUUAAUCUUCCCGAUCCUGAUGCAUUAUACAUUAUGGUUCAUAUCCACUUGCUUAGAAAAUGCGUAUACAUCCUCUUGGCAUUUAUUUUGGUUCUGACUAUUUGUUUGUGGAAGGAAACACGGAAAGGAUUUUACAUUUCUCUAAAAACAGAAAGUGAAACUGAUCACCUACAGAUGAAGCUGUGGAGAUGGGCCAUUCUAAAAGACAGAACUGUCCAGAAUGAAAUCGCCAGUGGCACAGACAAGGUCCUUUUGUCUGCCAAAGCAUCCCAAGGAAAAGUUAAUCUUUUUACAACUCUGUCAGGGAAUAACUUAUUGGUGAAACCGAAGAAAUUACCAAACUCUAUCAAAGUGUGGAACAAGGACAGUUCAUCCAAAAGCCUGCACCCCAGAUUGCAAAAGGCAAAAGAAAAUUAUGUGCAGAUGAACAAAUAUCAUGUGAAGUACACUGGACUGAAGUAUGCUACUAAACCCAGCCCCAAGAAAGUGUUGUGCCAGCUCCGAAAACAACUGAACUUUGGCAUGAUAAUGGCAGAAGAUGGCCCCUUCAAUACAUCUGAAUGGAGGAUGUACUUGCCAAGGAGGAACAUCAGCAUGGAACUGGGUCAACUAGGCCAGUGUGCAGUCGUGACCUCGGCGGGAUCCAUGAAGUCAUCCCAUUUGGGGGCUGAAAUAGAUGGUCAUGACGGAGUGUUACGGUUUAAUGGUGCUCCUACAAGUGGGUUUGAGGAUGACGUAGGGAAGAAAACUACAAUACGCCUUGUUAAUUCUCAGCUUAUUACUAUUGAAGAACAGAAGUUUAUUACAGAUGCACAGUAUAACAAUGGAAUCUUAAUUGUGUGGGAUCCAUCACCAUACCAUGCAGAUAUCUAUAAGUGGUACUACAAGCCAGACUACUAUUUCUUUGAAAGCUACAAGCGCUAUCGGAGAAAACAUCCUGAACAACCUUUUUAUAUCCUAAAUCCCAACAUGCAGUGGCAGCUCUGGGAUAUCCUUCAAGAGAACUCACCAGAGGAUAUUCAGCCAAAUCCACCCUCUUCAGGAAUGCUUGGCAUUGUUCUUAUGAUGAACUUGUGUGAUAAAGUGGAUGUUUAUGAGUUUCUCCCUUCCAAAAGGCAAACAGACAUUUGUCAUUAUUACCAGAAGUUCUUUGAUCAAGCCUGCACUAUGGGUGCCUAUCACCCACUGCUCUUUGAGAAAAAUAUGGUGAAGCACCUUAACCAAGGCACGGAUGAAGACAUCUACAUCUAUGGAAAAGUAACUCUAACUGGCUUCAGGAAUGUAAAGUGUUAGAAGUAUGAAUCCUGUAUUCUGCGACUGGAAGAUCUCCUUGAAUCACAAGGCACUUUUAAAAUAAUUUUUUAAACAACUUUUUACAGGACCUGCCAAAAAGUGGGCAGUUGCUUAGCAAUUCUUCCAUUCAGUACGCCUUAAUUCAUGAUUGCAAAAUACAUCAGAAACAUGUAGCAUCCAAUCUAAUAUGAUUGGAGCCAUAGAGCACAAUAGAUAACCUAUAAUUCAGAACCUGGAUUUUCAAAAUCCAUGGUUACAUUCCUAGCCCUUAUAGCUGCAUUAAAACAACAUCAAUGCCCUGAAUAUAUAUGGGUAGUUUCUGCUUAAAAGCCAGCAGGAGAAGGCACUAGCUAAGGCUUCCAGUAUUUAGGGACUGCUUCUACAUUCAUUCUGUUGUCUCAGCAUACUCCAGUCUUCAACCAUGCAACACUGACAGCCACGGCUGUGCAUAUUUUAUGAUUCUGUAAUUAAGUAUGGUGUAUGCAACAAUAGUUAAAUUUAGAAGGUGGGGAUGAGUAACAUGUCUAGUGAUUAGGGAUCAGGGUUUAUUUUCUUGGGUUUUGGGUGCCAAGACCAAAUGCAUGGUCCAGACAGGCAAGAUUAAGGUCUGAGGAAGCAGAUCAGGAUCCUAAGAGCCAAAGAAAGGUGCAUGAUGACAGGCAAGCUGUAGGUUGACAAUACAAGAGCAAAUCAGGAGUGUGACCCUUUUGUUUCUCCUUGAUCUCUUGGUGGCUUCUGAUAACAGCACCUGGGGUAUCCUUCUGGGCAACUGUCUGAGCUCAGAGUGGGUGUGGGGAAUGUCCUGAAUGGUUCUGGUCUUACUUGGGUGGUCAGCACUAGAAACUGGUGCUUGGUGAUACUGCUUAACCCUGUGGAUUCUUCAGCCUGAAGUUCUUCAGGAUUGAGUUCUAUCACCCAUGUGAUUUAAUAGUUCCAUGAAACUAUUGAGUGGGGUCAUCCAGAAUUUUGGAGUGCAUGGUCCUCUUUACAGGUGAUGGCAUGCAGUUCAGUUCUAGCACAGUGUAGCUAGAUUAUAUCCAACUCAAGGGAUAGCCAGGAGCACAAAAUCUCUACUCCUGUUUCCUGAAUGUUUUGUUUGAUUGUUCUGGCACAUUCUCAGGGUGCUUUAGAUAUAUUGGUGUGGUGCUUUUCAGCUUACCUGAUCACUGUGAAGUGGCCAAUGAUGCUGUAUUUGUAUUUUCUUUCUAUUACACAGUUCUUAUUGCUCUGCAAGCUCCGAGGGUACCUCUGCUUCCCAACCUGAAAAAGCCCUAUGGGAGGAAUUAUUUCAUGAUGUUUUCCACAGGGCUUUAAUUGAAGUGUUGGAAGCUAAGGAGAGUAGAGGCUGUCAGAGAGACAAUUGUACAAUGAAAAAGAGGAGACUUGUGCUCAUUUCUUAGCUACUACCCAAUUUCCUGAUUUUUAAUAGAUAUAUGUAUUACAGAACAUGUUUUAAAAUACCUUUCGGUGGUUUUCAAGUUACAGUACAGUAACUUAAGCACUAAAUACAUAAGCAUUGCUAAAUUAUUAAUAAAGACAUUAAAAUCAGGUAAAGUAAAACUAUAAUUCUAAGUAAAUUGAUUGGACAACACGUGCACUAGGAAAGGUCUGGGUAAAUUGAUGUCUAGAGUACAGUAUAGUUGGGGCAUCCUGAACACAGAGAGGAGAUCAUUCCAUAAGCUGUGUACCACCACAAAGGAGGCUUGCUUCCUGCAACAUUGCAUGUGCAAGUCAUGGUACCACCAGCAAGACCUUCUCCAAUGGUUGUGAUGAUUACAUAGGUCUGCAUAAGGAAAAGUAAACUUUUCACUAACCUGGUCUCAACUUGUUCAGGGCCAUAUUGUUAUUAGCAUUGUAUCCAAACAGUAGGGCCUUGCACUUGGUUCAGUAGCUAAUAGGUAGCCAGUGCAGUUGCCUUACUACUGGUGUAAUAUGUGCACAGCCAAGAACUCAGUGUCCUAGCUGCCACAUUCUGCACCAGCUGUAGCUUCCAGAUCAAGUACAAGAGUACCCCCGGAUAAGGUAUUGAAGCUUGAGGUUACCAGUGCAUAAACUGCAGUGGUCAGUCUAUCCCUGUUCAGGAAAGGAUGUAGCUGAUAUAUCAGCCUGACUUCAUCAAUGGUGUUCAUCAAUACUGAAUCAAGUUGGGCCUAUAAUGUUGACAACAGAACCAGGAGCACCCUGAAACUACUUGUUCUUUCUGAAGGACUGCAACCCAGUCCCAUCUAGAACAGGCAAAGUCCCCAAUUCCCUGGGAAUGGGUCACUGAUACAGUCUUCAUCUUGCCGUGAUUCAUUCUCAGUUUGUUGGGCCUCACUCAACCCAACACUGAAUCCAGGCAGCAGUUCAGAACAUGCACAACCUCUUCUAAUCCAAAUGUUAGUGCUAUAAAGCUGGGUGUCACCAAUAUACUGAUAACACCAUGCUGUAAAUGCUCCUAGUGGCUCUUGCAGUGAGGCUUGUGGGAAUGCUAAAGCGCAUAGGGAACAAGAUGGUAUUCUGUAACUCUCUGCAACAUAAUUGCUGGGGAGCUGAGGCACAGCCUACCAGUGCUACUUUCCAAAGCUUACCCUGCAAGUAGCAGUAGCACAGACACCCCAAUUCAUUGAGAUAAUCCAAAGGAAUGCUGUCUGCAGCAGUAUCAAAAGCUGCUCAGAUACCAGCACAGAAUUAGACACCCUCUGUUUCUUGCCUGCAAGAUAUUAUCCAUCCAGUGCCCCAAGCUAGCCCUGAUUCUGCCUCCAAACUAGGCCAGAAAAUGGUGAAAUGUGUCAAGAUUUUCCAUAUUCUCCAAGAACAUCUGCAGUUACUUGGCAUCUGCACAAACACUUUGCCCAAAAAAGGGAUUAUUGAUGACUGGGUGGCACUUCAUAUAAAUCUCUUGCUGCAGGGAGGACCUUUUCAGGAGUGGCUACACCAUGAGGCGGUGGACACCAGUCCAUCAUGCAAUGAUCCGCUCACCACUCCCUGGAUCCACUCAACGGAUCACUCCCAACAAGUCUCAGAAGAGCAGGUUGCAUUCUUGGCCUCAACUGAAAGUGAGCCAGAGAGUGCACUGGACACCAGACCAGAGACUAGAUAACAAGCAGUGUUCCAGCUGGCAUGGAGCCAAGUAAUUUUAUUCUUAGAGUGCUUUGCAAAAUAAUCACAGCAGACCUUUGAGAGUUCCAGCACAAGAUUUGCUCAGGAAGAGAACAACAAGCCCCAAACCACCCAGAAAAGUUGUACUAGAUUACAACUUGAGGGUGUGUUGGAGACUGUGCCCUCACUGCCACAUGUUAGGCACAAUUAUGGGCACUCGUGUGUUUGAUCUUAUGCCGAUUACACAGUAGUUGUCUCCCAGCAUGUUUCAUAGCCUGGCACUCACUGAAGAAUAGGAAGCACCUCAGGUUUCACAGUACUAGAGAUGGCACAGCAUCAGAGUGAUCAUGUAAGCAGCCCUUUGUUUCUCACUGUUCUUUCGGGCAACUUCAGCCUCAACAGGAUCAGCACCUGUUGUUUUUGGACAGUCCCCAACGCAUUCAGGAAUCAGAUUCUGUAAGACAUGGCAGAUGGACCAUCUUAAUGCCUUCCAACACACAACUCUGCAGGGGAAAACUUAGUGCUGUAAGCCCAGACUUCACCAGAUAGUGGUCUGAUCUUUGUAAUGGGACAAGUUCAACCCCUGCUCCCCAGUAUUCAAACCACCCAUCCCUUAAUCUCCAGAAGGAAAGACCGAAUCCCUGCCCCAUGCACUGAUAAAUUGAGAUAGGGCUAAGGUUGUUAGGGAAGCCCUGAAGUUUUGAGCUGGUCCAGUCAAGGCUGCCUUGGCAUAAAUGUUGAAUUCUUCUAGGACCAAUGUCCUGGGGUUCCCUAACACUGUGCAUCAGACCAGCUCAGUCAGGGAGGUGGUUGUAUAGAAGACACAGUGGUACACUAGCAACAUCCCCCAUCUUUCUUGCUGGCCCAAGCCCUGCUGUAAACUCUUAUAGCCUGCUCUGCCCUAGAGGAGUUUCCUGGUGACCAAGAUAGUAUUUUUUUGUCCAGUGUCUCUUCUGACUGGCCCUCUAACCUGGGUUGAUCAAGUCCCAAGUACUGCCUUUUGAUGAUGUCUACCAGAUGAGUUCCCUUAUCCACAAUCAGAUCUUCACUUGAGUUAGUUCUUGUUUUGAACCAGUGUGGCAUUAUCCCACAAGAAACCAGAUCUAAUCAAUGUCUGGCUUCUUCAAUGUGCCAGUGACUCUAACAUCCUGAUUUCUGCUGGAUUGGCUGAGAGCCAUGAGAUGAGAGCACUUGUGUUCUUGCAUCACUGUCCAGGCUCAAGGUUUACAUAGCAUCUGAAUGGGAGGAGAAUGAAACAGCCUGAAUCAUGGACGUCAGCUGAAACCAGGUGGCCAAACUCAUCCUCUAGCCAGCUCUUCCCAAGUAAGGCAAGCACAAAACCAUCAAGUCCAACCCAUGAAAAUUUAAGUGGUGUUUUCUUCACCACUGAUUUUAUUUUUAAAAGAAAUUUAUUUUCUAUCAAAUAGAAUGAGUAAGGUAAAACAUGCAAAAAAAAAUUUUUUGGCCUAACCCCACCCACCAUUAAACAAUAGUUUGAAGAGACAAAAAAAAUCAUCUAAUCCACCCUGUUCCUAUGACAUCUUUUACAUACACAUGAAAAUACAGAGAUAAAAGACAUACAUUAUUUGUAUUGUUAAACCAUCCUGAGAUGGUCUACAAAAGUUUUAAACAAAUAAAUGAAUAUUUGUGUAUUCACACAGCCAGUCCAUCAAUGCCAUGUCAGUGUCAACAGCUUCAGUACCAUAGUUUUCUUUUGGACCUGUGUCAAGAUGAUAUGGGUCAGUCAUUCACUGCCCCACGGUUCUGAGGCCACAAAGUCAGUCUUAAGAGAAUGGGGGGAAAUGUCGGUAGUGCCUCCUAGGUAUCACAGGAGAGGGGAGGGGAGUGGAUCCCACUGGAACAAAUCUAGCUUGGAAAAUUUUCCUAACAUCAGGUCCUGCAUAGAUGCAAAGCACCUACUUGUGAAUGUACAGAUGAGAGCUUGAAGAAUGUCCGUUACGCGUGAGCACACUUAUUUUGUACAGUGUUCAUAGGAACCUCCUUUGUGCAGAAGGAACUAGUGCUUCCAACAGUAAUCCUGGAAAUGAGUAGAAACACUCACUGCUGGAACAAGGCAUGUCAGUGCAGCUCCUUCUGCAAGCUCCACUGACUUGCCCCAUUCCAGGAACAAGGUUUCAUUCAUUUCCAUUUGCUCAAGGAUCCACUAGCUUCCUCUUGUGUUAGCAGUGGAUCCCUCUAACACAUGGGUUAGAUGCUGCCCGUAGUGCUAGCUAACAUAAUAUGUGGGGGUAAGCUAACCCUAGCUACUUUUGAUAGCCCUGUACAUGAAACGUCUUAAUGACAUGAUAUCCCUGUAUAUGUUACCAGAAAUUAACCCUUGAUACAUGUGCUAGUGUGUGUGGUGGGGAAGAAAAACAUAUUUGGAAAAAAUGGCAUUGUUGGGAUUGGCAGUACAUGUGGAUCCAUCUUACAAUGUCUGUUAAACUUGAACCUUCAGUACUUGAUUAUGUGUAGCAAUGACUAGGGGUUUUUCUGAAUUCAAGUGCAGUUAAUAGAGGGGAGUAUAUACGUUUCUUUUCUCUGAGUAAUGUGGCAAAAGGCUUGCCUUUUGCUAAUUGCCUAUAGAACCAGCUGAGUAAAGUCCUGUCACUGAGUAGAGCUGUUUUUUCUCGUGUUAAUCAGGUUAAAUUAUUAUUAUUUGCAAUUGUGUAGUCAAGAUACAUUCCUGAUUUCAUCUGCAUGUCUUUGCAUGAUGUGUCAGUUGAAGCUCUGCCCUGCCUCCUCACCUCUUUUCCUUAGGUCUUUGUGACUGUGUUUUUCCAAGAUCAUCCCAGCCUCUUCCCUUAUCUUUUCAAACCUCUUCUUUUUCAAGGUAUUUCCUAAUGGACAACUCAUUGCACAACUAAUUGUAUAUUACUUGGAGUUGUAAGCAGAUUCAUUUAUAACUCUUUCAUGUGUCCGCCACCUUGGAGUGAGCUUUUUCUGUUCCUUUCCUCAUGUCCUCAUUGCUCCAAGUCUUGCUAGUUCUUCCUUCACAUCCUAUCACCGUGAAACCUUUUCUUUACAACUCAGACUAGACCCUUUUUCCAUACUUUGUAAUCUUUCCCUGAAACUACUGGGAAAGGAAAGAUUAUCUUGCCUUUCCUUUUGCCAUGUCUCCCUUCUUCAUUUAAUUUAGAAUGCCUCUAUUGCAACCAUCUUUGUCUCAGAUGUCUUGAGCAAGCCACUCUUCUCCUUAGCCUUUGCUUUGGGUCCCUGUUACUCUUUAUCAACUACAAACCUCUGGUUCUUACUUGAAAGCUGCUAACUGCUCUUCCCUAGUUAGCUCUGCCCUCUCAUUUUCUCAUCUCAGGGAUACAAAAUGCAUAAGAAUAGGCACCAGACAAUUCACAACAUGUCAGGGUUGAAGUGGUUGCAUGCAUGCAUGUUGCAUGCACAUACAUACAUGAAACAUGGAUACUCAUAGACAACAUUAAAAAUGCUCAUACAUGUUAGAAACAUGUGGGGAAUCAUAGCUGAUCACUGCUCCUGCCAAAUGUAGCCACUUAAGUGUGGUUGCGUGUGCUCUUAAUAUAUAAUCUGAGAAGCAGAUCUAAAUGCUCUUCGGGCUACACAUGACCUCCCUGUCCCCCAGUGAGGCAUGCUGUUCCCUUGGCCUGAUACCUCCUUGUGUUCCAUCAAGCCAUAUCUGUUCUUCCAGAAAGCUUCUGAAUAAAUAACCCCUCCCCUGCUGUUUAUGGCCACUGGCUAAAUCUUGCUUAUCACUACUACUAUAUCAUCACUCUCCACCUUGUUCUGUCCAUCUAGAGGAUCAUGUUGGUUGAACUUUUUGUAUACCUGGUGGCAGGCAUAGGGGACUAAAUCACCAUUUUGUAGUAGGAGGGCUCUGCUUGGAUUCCUUUAAGCAGAUCAGUGAAUGACUUUUUAUGAUAAACUGAUAGUGGACAAAACAAGACCAACUUGUGUACUGAAAGAAUGUGGCAUUAUGUGGGGCAGGAUUAGCUGGGUCUUCCUCACGCUGUACUUCUGAACUGCCCAGUAACUGAUAUUUUCUGGGUGGUGUGCAGUGUAUUAAAAGUGUAUCAAUAUUAAAACAAAUGGAAAAGCCCAGAAUAAAACAAAGAUAAAAUCAGCCACAAAGAACAAAUCCAUGACAACUCAUAAAACCAGCAGCACAGUAAAGUCCUCAAAGCACAAUGAGCAUUCUUGAAAUGACUGGGGUAAUAAAAAGUCUUUAUCAGGUGCCAUAAAGACUAUAAUGUAGGCCCCAGGCAAUGUGCUCUGAAAGCAUUCCAUAAAUGGGUGCCACAACUGAAAAGGCCCUCUCUCCUGUAGCCACCCGCUUUGCCUCAUUUGGCUGGAAUACCUGAGGUAGGACUCCAGGUGCUGAUCCAGGUAGGUAUAAGGGAAGAAACAUAUAUACUCCUCUAUGAUAGUAGAAAAUACAGUUUUGAAUAUCUGUAAAAUGUGUUUCUCUCAUGUAUUGUUUGUGUAAAGGUGAUGAUGUUGUCCCAUUAUAGUAUUGUAAAUCUGAACUCCCAAAAACUGAAAUCAGGCCAGCUAUGAAAAUAAUACUCUGUUUUUCACUACAGAGUAAUAAAAACUAAUUUGUUUCCAGGCAUGUUUCAUUGCCAGUUUUAUGUACUUUUUAUGUACUUUUAUCAAGAAAUGUUUGCAUUUUUGAACUUGAAUUGAAAUAAAAUUUCAGUGAUUUGUCAGCACUGAUCUUUAAAAUAGAUUGAAGUCAUUCUGAAGGUUCCAAAGAUGUAAAAUUUGUAAUAAAGAUUUUGUAAAGUGGU